GGCCUAGUGACGCUCGGGCCGCCGCCGGCGACCCGAGUUGACAUUCGAACACGGCCAACGUAUGUGUAAAUUCUCAGCGUUAAUCUCGUUCUGCAGUGUUUCACGCACCCCUGUCUGACUGUAUGAAGCAGCGGCUGUGACAAAAUAUCAGUCCGGCAAGAGGCAUGGCCUUCCUGCGUGGAUUUUUGGACAACCUGAGGUCCAAUCGCAUGGAGCCAGAGCCUAACAAGGUGAUAGAGGUGAAACCGGACGAGUAUGCCCUCUGCAACAUCCUUGCCCGCGAAGACUCGCUGGUGCUAUACCAGUACCCGCCCAGCACACCGGUCACCGAGGACUCCGCCUCGUACGAUGUGGUGCUUCACAAAGACAUCACACGAUCCCCUCAUGCGGCCUUCAGCCUUCUGCGCACCAAGGACCAAGUGGCGGCCGAGGUUUGCUUCAUGCUGCUCAAGGACAAGCUGCCCCUGCUGCUCGAGUGCGUGCCCGACAUGCUCACCAAGGAGCUGGUGCAGGAGGUGGUUCAGCUGGUGCGCUCAAACCACACCUGGAACCUGGCACACCUGGCCGCCCACCUGGGGCUCGUCGACUGCUUCAAGAAUGCUCGAGUAGCCGCGCAAAUAUCGGAGUGUGCCCAAGACACCCUCGUAACACCCCUGCAUGUAGCAGUUCGCGCCCAGAAGCUCAACUCUGUCCAAGUUCUCAUGUCCAUGGAUGCUCCACUCCACCUGAUCGACCACAACGGUGACACCAUCUACCAUGCCGCCGCUGUCACCACCAAGGAGCUCAUCAAGGCGCUCGGUUCAAGGCCUGCCCCAGUUGCUGUCAUCAACCAGGUCAACAACGAUGGCUACACCCCUCUCCAGCUGGCAUGUCUCACAGACAAGCCAGAGUGUGUCCGCGAGUUGCUGAAAGAGGGCGCGGACGUCAACUCUGCCUCUGUUAACCUGGCCGAUCGAAACAACAGCACGUGCCUCGGGCGAGACAACGUUGAGCAGAACGUCCACAAUUUCCAGAUUGAGGACAUGAAGCACGGUGGCACUCCGCUUCACUGGGCCAAAACCACACAGUGCCUGGAGACCAUGAUUGAGCUCGGCUGUGACCUGGAUGCCAAGAACUUCCAGGGGAACACAGCAAUGCACAUCAUGGUUGCCAGAGGCCGGCUCAACUGCGUCAUCAGCCUGCUCAGCCACGGUGCCAACGUCAAUGCCGUCGGGAGUGAUGGCGAUUCGCCUCUGCACGUAGCCGUGCGGGUGGCGGUCCCCAACCAUGAAAACUGGUCUAUAUUUCUCGAGCAGGUUGUUAAGGGCAACAAGAAGGCUCGGCAAAAGGCUGAGCCUCCCAAGAGUGACGUGUCGCUGAUUCACGCGCUGAUUGUGUUCGGGGCGGACGUGAACCAGCGGAAUCAGAAGGGCGAGACGGCACGCCACCUAGCCGCUACGUCCAAGCUGAACAAGAAGGACGUUGUGCUGUACACUCUGCACGCAGUCGGGGCGCACCGCUGUGAGCAGGAACGUGGCUGCAGCGAUGGCUGCAGUCCUACUGGUACCUUCGAUGGUGUCCCGCCUGACAAACCGGACUUCAUACGGCCACCUCGCUUGUACGACGAGUUGAUGGGGGCGUCCAUAGUGCGGGAGGCGGUGCAGCGACGGCUGCAGGAGCGGCGUGAGGGGCGACCACAGUCGCGCAGUCGCGUGUUGUGCCUAGACGGGGGCGGCAUCCGUGGGCUCAUCAUCAUCCAGAUGCUGGUUGCCCUGGAGACCAUCGUUGGUCAGCCUAUCCUGGACUGCUUUGACUGGGCGGCCGGCACCAGCACUGGCGGAGUCCUGGCACUUCUGCUGGCACGAGGAAAAACGCCGCGGCAGUGCCUUCAGCUCUACUUCAGCCUUAAAGACAAGGUGUUCACGGGUACACGACCACACGAUGCCGACUCUUUAGAAAAAUUCCUCCAGCGCGAAUUGGGCGAGGACACUGUGAUGACGGACAUCAAGCACCCCAAGUUGAUGAUCACGGGCGUGCUUGCAGACCGACAUCCAGCAGCACUGCACCUCUUCCGCAACUACGACUCACCGAAAAAGAUCCUCGGAGUCGCGGAGGACGAGUCCGAGUUUCCAUCGUGCACGCCACCACAUGAACAGCUGGUAUGGCGAGCGGCACGAGCGUCGGGAGCGGCGCCCACCUACUUCCGGCCGUUUGGCCGCUUUCUCGACGGUGGGCUCAUCUCCAACAACCCAACCUUGGACGCCAUGACGGAAAUCUGCGAGUACAACGAGGCCCUCAAGGCAACGGGCCAGGUGGACAGGGUUCGCCCCCUAGGCGUUGUCGUGUCCCUAGGCACCGGCAAGGUGCCUGUGGUGCCAGUGACGGUCAUUGACAUGCUGCACAUGGGCACGGGCAUCCUUGGAGCUGCCAAGAUGGCCUUUGGAGCCAAGGCACUCGGACAGCUCAUCAUUGACCAGGCCACGCAAGCCAAUGGCCGGCUUGUGGACCGGGCACAGGCCUGGUGCCACACGAUCAACGUGCCCUACUUCCGCCUCAACGCCCCAAUAUCUGCGGACGUGUGCCUCAACGAGACCGACAACAAGCUGCUUGUUCGGGUGCUCUGGGAGACUCUAGUCUACAUGCGAGCUCGUCGCGCCGAACUCGAUGAGCUCGCCGAACUUCUUCGGCCCUGAGCAACGUUGAAGAGCAACGGACGCUCAAAAUCCCGUUCCAUCCCGCGGUGCGACCGCCUCUGGCGCCAAGGCCAGCUGCACGACAGCACGGCAGGUGCAAGAACAGAAGGGCAGCAUAAUUGCCUUCGGCCCUUCUGACCCAGGCAUCACCAGUUUUGGCUGCUAAGCAGUCAGUUCAAUGCUAGGGUGCCACUUGGGCUGUUGUCUCAAAUUACGUAAAUUUAUCGUUUGUUAUGUAAUUAUAUGAAGAAAUUAACUAAUUCGUCAUUUAUUUCUAUUUUGCGAUGUGAUAAGCGUAUAGCUAGUAAUGUAAUUUUUUGUACAGCACCUGCGUUUACAUACAUGUUAUCCUUUUGUCUGCGUUUAGGUGUGAUUUCGAGCUUCUUAGCUCACUGCAUGUAAAAUUCCACAGAACAGUGUUCCGAGUUUUUAGUUAUGAAAUGCUCUUCGAGUCCCUGGUUCAUACACUCUCUACAGUUCCACAAUACUGUACAAUCUGUACAUCUAAGCAAGUCUUGCGCUGUGAGUCGAUACAUAGUUUAGUUUUGCUUUCACUGUUUAUUGCGUACGAAGAUUCUUGAAAUGGUGUCUGAAUGUGCCUCAGCAGAUCUCAAGAAUUAUUUGCAUUUAUUUUUUCAAAAUAAAAGUAGAUGUGACGUAGGCAAGUUUCUCAGCGAGGUUGUUUAUUACAAUGCCUUCUUUUCAACGUGUCACAGCUAGCUCUGGGCAAAAAUCUAGACUUGCACAUCUGCAAAACUUUGCUGUGCCAAGCACAUGCUGUCUGCAACUGUUUUUGCGGUGGCAAUUAGAAGGAAGCACACAUUCAAUCAGUGGCAGCCCACUUCUGUACUGGCUUGUUGUAAGGCUGUGUUAUGCGACUUGCAUUCAAACUAGCAUAACACAAGGCUUUAAUGCAUAGUGGCAGUUUGAAAGGUUAAGGGACACAUGCAGACUGGAAAAGCACUGAAAUCGGCACUUGUCCUGUGUGUAUUGUUUCUUGUUUAAUUUUCAGUGCCUACCAUGUCUGUAUGUGUCGCCUGUUUAAUCUUCUGCGCUGCCAUGAUGCAUGAAUGUUCGAAUGACCAACUAGCCUUGUUUGUUCACUAUAACCUUUAAGCUUCUCUUGCUACAUAGAUGGGCUUCAACUGAAGUAAUGUCUUUUAAUAUCAUCUGCCAUGCCUAUGAGAUAUGGCAACUCCCGCAUGCUGCAGCAAUGCUAAGGUUGAAUGCAAUCAGCCAUGAAAGUUCACUGAGCUGAGAAUUGAAGUGUGAAUUACUUGCGACACACUUGCUCUAGAAUCAUGAAAUAUUAUAACUCUCGCUUCUUGUUAAGUGCACCCCCGUAUUCAGUUAAGGCCGACUGCUUCAUUUCAACUUAGAUAUUACCACAAUCAGAAUAUCCAAGCACUCCCAGUACCUGGUGUCUGAUUUGCAUAAGAAGUUGGCAACAGUAAAUGGCUUGGUAUGCCAACUCCACACAUUACAAGAACAAGGCAGAAAAAAGUGCAAAUUCACUGGAUGGUCUUUCGUCCAUUGCAUUAAACCUCACAUACAAAAUUUCUGAGACAUUUUUACAGUUGCUAGGAAACACACAAGUGCUGUACAAAACUGCCUUUCAUUAUUUUAUGCAUUUUAUAUGGCUCAGCUUAUGUAGCGUGCCUCGCAGAUACUUGUAGACGUAGGUCCAAUUUUUAUGUGUGGUGGUGGUACUCUUGCCAUUUAGAGCACAAGUGUGGCUGCCUUGGCACGAACUGCACAUGCUAUAGCAAACAUCUUUCUAGAAUUGCUGCGAAAAACUUUGCCUUAGUUAUUGCUGUAUGGUACCUUUCAACAAAUGGUUCUUGUGAAUGCUGUCGCUCAUGCAAGAAGUUGCCUUCAUGCUUUUAUGGACGUAUGUACUAUUUUCACUUAGUAGCUUGUCUGGUAUUUACACCUAGCAGGUGUUUGUCUUUCUUGGGUAGCUCCGUCCGCUUUCUCUGAAGCUUGCAGUUUUUUACGUGAGCAGUCUCUGACUGCCAGACAAACCAUUAUUAUUAGUAGUAUUUCUUUUUUUCUGGAGGCAUCUUGAGAGCACUGCCACAUGGCAGGAAUUGUGGCCAAGUUUAGCUGAACUCAGCAAAUUUCACACAGGUACUAGCUUCCAGUACUGACACAGGCAUUAAAUCCUUGUACUACAUGGUUUCUCUCCAUAUACUAACAAGUACUAAUAUAACAAAUUAUUGGUUAUAAUAAAGUAAAUGAGGGAUAGUCUUGCCAUUGGAACAGUGUUAUGAUUAUAUGUCUACAACGAAUUUUCAAAUGCAACAAAGCUGUUUUCGUGUCAGAUGGACUUUGUUAUGACAAGGUUUAGGUGGAUCGUGCAUCAUAUGCACUAUCAUUUGAUGUCAAAAAAGGCUAUGAAGGAGAUAAAAAGAAAAUUUUGGAAAUUGAAUUAGCCUAGGUGCACUAUCAUGUUCAACACUAAGUGCGUGUGAGCCUUCACAGCAGCAAAGUGAUUACUCUGUCCACGGUUACUCAUGAAGCAAGGAAACAAGAAUUUGGCGUUAGUACUCUUUUAAAGGAUGUUUAUGCUUUAAUGGUGCUGUUCAGCAUGCUAGAGUGAACACAUGUACAGUUUUAACUCAAUUUUCAUGCCUCUGCUUACACGUUUCCCAGAUACAUUUUGCUGUAGGUCUGCAUUUGCAGGGUUACCGAGAGACCAGAUUUUUCAGACCUUACUCUAGUAUGCAGUUCUGUAUGGGCAGGGGUGUACAUAGGAAGUGAUACUACUAUGCUAAGUUUGCAGAGUUCCAAGCUUCGGCAAGUUUGUAGCAUGCAUGGCUAUUUCAUUUGACAGGCUGAGGUGGUCUCAAGCACACUCUGUACUUGGAUGUGUGCUGAAGUAACAAGAUGGUGACUUGGGCUAGCUGGUAGACGUUCAUGUUUAAAAACUAGUUUGAAGCGCACCGAAGACGCGGACAACGGAAGUGGACAGGACAGCACUUACACUCACAAAUGAUUUUUAUUAGUCAGAAAAAACCAUAUAUAUGCAUAACAGCAGCAGGGCACAACAAAUAAAGCAUUUGUGUCAGGAUUACCACAAUAUUUUUUAUGCUACAUAUCAUUUAAUAGUAAUCACAAUCACUACGCGUCUAGAAUCGUAUUUUGUGUAUCUGCUUUAUACACGUUUUUUCUGACUAAUAAAGAAUCAGUUGUGAGCGUAAUCGCUGUCCUAUCCACUUCUAUUGUUCCGCGUCUUCGGUGCACUUGAGACUAAUUUUUAAACGUGUUGACGUGGUCUUGUUGUGUUACGCUGGGCAAUUCACAUACCCAUCAGAGAAAUAUAUCUGCCUGAAAUGUAAGUGACCCCUUAUGCACCAAAUAAAGCCUUGGUAGCUUUAGUACCACUCAUUAUGAAAUACUAAGCAUUCUGCUCCCAAGCUUUUCUGCUUUGAUGUGAUUGAUAGAGCCACAGGGUUGUUACGAAUGUGUAACGGAGCAUGCAAAGAAUUUUUACACGUUGAGAAAUGCUACGCGUGGUCCACUGUUGCCAUGACUUGCAUUAUUUAAUAUAAUGGCCUCUUGCAUAAACAUUACGAGGCUUGACACUUGUUGUGGUAGUGCUGCUUUCGUUGUGCCUAUUUUAGCUCGCGUGGCUAUGCAGAUUGAACAUUUCGAUCGUGCAAUUAGUAUUGUCCCGAAAUCUCGUGUAACAAUGGUAACUCGCAACAUAUUAGUUGGUAGGGCUCUCGUGGGAACACGUAAAAUUCCAUGUACUACAAGCGUGUGGGAACUCCGGUUCGGCGAAAGCAUCAGCUGCGAAACACAACUCUACUGUGAUAUGUACCGCACUGACUACUCCUCUGCCGGUGCUCGAUUAACUACACAAGCUUCGCAGCUGCGGAAUAUUUGUGGCCUAGUUAGAGCAACAUGUUACUUUGCUAAUCUCGAGUUUCAUAGUGGCCUGUAUUAAAUGUGAUUCGUUUGCAGAUCUGUUUAUUACGUGGUAUGCACAUUCACACCCCGACCAAUGCCGUGUGUUCGUGUAUACAUCUUUAUUCAUAUCAGGUACGUACAUAAAAUGUAUAACAUGUGCAGCACACAACGACGAGUAUCUACAAGUGCAACAAGAGUUGCUAGAUGUGUUUGCAAAGUUCAGAAAGAUGCAAAUGACAUUGUAAAGCAAAGUAAAGGUUUUGCUUACAAAAUGCUAUACAAAACAAGCACAGGCUCGAUGAAAUGCUUUC